AUGGACUCUGCGUGCAGACGGCUGGUUCGCCUGCUGGCUCUGUCUCUGCUUGGAGUCGCUCCCUUUGCUUUCACAGCUCCCGCGCCAGCGAGGCGUGGCCGUAUGGUGGCCGUGACGAGUCGCGCGGCCGAUGGAGGUCGAGACUACACCGAGGACCUGAAUCAGCGAACCUUGGUGCUUGGCGUGAUCUUCUUGGUGGCCAACAUCUACGCAUUCUCUCCGAUGGUUCCUCCGGAGGCACGCAGACUGAAGGUGUGCGUUUACGAUAAGGAGUACGAGCGGGAGUUCCUUUCGGACCCAAGCAGGAACACCCAGGGCCUCGCAGCGCUGCAGGACGAAGAUUGCCUGCCUCUCGGACAAGUCUUGCAGAAGUGGCUGCCGCAGCCCCGAAGCUGA